GCACAGCCAGAGUCCACAAACCCUAGCAUUUCUCUCUCUCUCUCUCUCUGAAGCUCGAACACAAUGGCUUCUCGAAAACUCUUAUCCUCGCUGAUCCGAUCGUCGGCGCGGCGAUCUUCUUCCAGAUCGUCGAUCUCAAGCCCUUGCCCUAGGCUCGCUUCCCCGUCGCCCACAAGCCGCGCGUCACCGUACGGCUACCUCCUGACGCGCGUGGCCCAGUACGCGACUUCGGCUGCGGCGGCCUCCCCGCCGGCCCCUUCGUCUUCGCCAACGGGAGCUGGGAAGAGCGGGAAGAUCACCGACGAGUUCACCGGAGCGGGUUCGAUCGGACAGGUGUGCCAGGUGAUUGGUGCCGUGGUGGACGUGAGGUUCCAGGAAGGGCUUCCGCCGAUCCUGACGGCGCUUGAGGUGCUGGACAACUCGAUCCGGCUAGUGCUGGAGGUGGCGCAGCACUUGGGGGGGAACACUGUCCGCACCAUCGCUAUGGAUGGGACCGAAGGGUUGGUCAGAGGGCAGCGCGUGCUCAACACCGGUUCUCCUAUCACCGUUCCUGUUGGUAGAGCUACUCUUGGCCGUAUCAUGAAUGUUAUUGGAGAGCCUAUCGACGAGAGGGGCGAACUCAAAACCGAUCACUUUUUGCCCAUUCAUAGAGAAGCUCCAGCAUUUGUUGAGCAGGCAACUGAACAACAAAUCCUUGUUACUGGAAUUAAGGUUGUUGAUCUUCUUGCACCAUACCAAAGAGGUGGUAAGAUUGGGCUGUUUGGAGGUGCUGGUGUAGGAAAAACGGUGCUCAUCAUGGAACUUAUAAACAAUGUUGCCAAAGCUCAUGGUGGUUUCUCUGUGUUUGCUGGUGUUGGAGAACGCACUCGAGAGGGCAAUGACUUGUACAGGGAAAUGAUGGAGAGUGGUGUCAUUAAGCUUGGUGAUAAACAGGCUGAGAGCAAAUGUGCUCUUGUCUAUGGUCAAAUGAAUGAGCCCCCUGGUGCUCGUGCUCGUGUUGGUCUUACUGGUCUGACUGUGGCUGAACAUUUCCGUGAUGCCGAGGGGCAGGACGUGCUUCUUUUCAUUGACAACAUUUUCCGUUUUACCCAAGCUAACUCUGAGGUGUCUGCUUUGCUUGGGCGUAUUCCAUCUGCUGUCGGUUACCAGCCAACUUUGGCUACGGAUCUUGGAGGCCUUCAAGAGCGUAUUACAACCACCAAGAAAGGUUCCAUUACUUCUGUCCAAGCUAUCUAUGUGCCUGCUGAUGACUUGACAGAUCCAGCUCCUGCUACAACCUUUGCUCACUUGGAUGCCACAACUGUGUUGUCCCGACAGAUCUCCGAGCUUGGUAUCUAUCCUGCUGUUGAUCCUUUAGAUUCUACAUCUCGUAUGCUCUCUCCUCACAUUUUGGGUGAGGAACACUACAAUACCGCUCGUGGGGUACAGAAGGUUCUUCAGAACUACAAGAAUCUGCAAGAUAUCAUUGCUAUUUUGGGAAUGGAUGAGCUUAGUGAAGAUGACAAGCUAACUGUUGCCCGUGCACGUAAAAUUCAGAAGUUCUUGAGCCAGCCUUUCCAUGUUGCUGAAGUGUUCACUGGUGCUCCUGGCAAGUAUGUGGAUUUGAAAGAGGGCGUUACCAGCUUCCAGGGAGUGUUGGAUGGAAAAUACGAUGACCUUUCAGAACAGUCGUUUUACAUGGUUGGAGGGAUUGAGGAGGUCAUUGCCAAGGCAGAGAAGUUUGCCAAGGAGUCUGCAGCCUAGUUGUACCCCCGUCUCUCUUGUUUUACCUUCUCUUGAUAAUUGCGAAAACCAAUAAUUUAGGUGGUGUUGGCGGAUGCCAACAACAGGAUAUUUCAUUUUUUGAGAACGAAUGUAUCAGGAUUUUCCAUUUCUGUUUUAAUCAUAUUGCAGAGUGUGAAAGAGAAAUGGAGCGGAUGGCCUGCCCCUUUUUUUGCUUCUUGUUUAAUAAGGGAAAAGAAAGCAGACAUGUAUAUUUUUACCUUUGUGUUUUCACAACAUUGAAACGUGUUAAUGUUAAAUCCUUGUUUCAUGUGGAAUUA